AUGUAUGCAUCGCCAUUCUCCAAUAGCCAGGGGAAACAAUCGGCACCAUCUCAAUUCAAAGAGAAUGCAAGAAACGAAAUCUACAACAAAUUACCAUCAGUCAGUGGACGACUGCCCAUAUCGACACUAAACUCAGCAUCAUCAGUCAGAUCAGCUCCACUGCAAUUCUUUAAGAAAAAAUCAUCAUAUCAACCACUGUAUAGAUCAUCAGCACACACCACAUCAUCUUCAUCAUCUGCAUCCAUCUUUUCAUCGUUUGGCAAGCGAUCAGUCCGUUCGGCCCCUUCCAUCUAUUCAAGCUCGACUGGAACUAUACCUGAAGAUCUGGAACCAUUGACUGUCACUGUUGAACAGUUGGUCAAUGAUAUACUGCUUCACGAAUCCCAUUUUGCUGGAGUAUACCAAGCGAAACAGCAGCAGCAGCAGCAGCAGCAACAACAACAACACAUGGGUGUUUCUUUCGAUCCGGAAGAACUUUACAAAAUAUCACUAGGUUCCGGCCUCACUUAUCAAAACAAUCACGAAAACUUAAUUGACUGGAACUUGAAUGUCACCAGAUGCAAAUUGAUGUUGACCCAACUACCUUCAAUUUCAACAGCACUGGAUCAAAUCUCAUAUAAUCAAAAUUUCCCACCACAGUUGAUUGGCGAUUUGGCCCAACUUUGCCAUUUAAUCAUUAUCCAACCGCACAUUUCCGACACCGAGCUAAUAUUCACCCUCAUACAGUCCAACUUGUACGAAGAACACAAUUUGGACUUGUCGUUUAAGAAACUGGUUGCUGAAAUAUCAGUUAAACAAUCGCGUCUUUUGCAAAUUAACGAAGUACGGCAGAAUCAACAAUACACAAAUAUGCAAUAUAAUGAACAUGAUUUCCUCAAGUUUAAGUUCAAGGAGAUUGCAUUGAGGAAUUACUUGAUCAAUUUGGCUGCUGCUGCUACAACGGCGAAUGAGUACAAGUUACAAGUUGAUGAAUUGAAACGCGGAUUGAAGUUGGAAGGGAAGAAGAAGUUGAGCAAAGACGAAAAGAAACAGUUGUGGGAACAGGUACGACUGGAUGUUUUCAAACGAGCAGGUCUUGAGUGA